GCGCGAAUCAUUUUCGCUUUUGUUAUUUUACUUAGAGUAGAAAAAGUAGCCACAUGCAUAAGGCCUUGAGUCUCGACAGCGUCAGCCCUCGUACAGCCGAGGAAGAAAAAGCCGUGCAGCGUGCGCAGCACCACUGCGCUAAGGCAAGCUCUGGGGUCAACAUCGAUAAGAAUGUUGAGAUUUCGAAUAAAACCCCCGGUAGCGGUAGUAACUCGAGUUCGGUGUCGCAGCAGAUGCUUGAAUGCUUGGCUAUAAGCCAAGGCGUUAAAGAUGGAUUGGCUCUCGGCCUUGACCGAUACAAUUUCAGUGAGCAAAGCCAUCACGCGCGGGGGUUCUGUACGUCUGUGCCGAUCCCUUUCAUUGCAUUUGAGGGAAUUCGACGUAGUAGACAUAAGGUUCAGCUUACUCCAACCCAGGAAGAAAAUGUUAUGAAGUCUUUUGACAAGCUGAUGAGGCCACCAGAAGAGGCUUCAUCCCCUGGCGCACCCACUAGUAACACUUCCUCUCCUCCUCACAAGUUUGUCAAGGAAAUUUCGGCACCGUUACCCUUCGUGAGUGUUUUUAUAGACCAACACUGCCCGGAGCUCCGCAAUGGGGUUGCAACGGCAUCCCCAGCGAGUGGCGCAACUUAUCUGUUGCUGUCAGUCGUGACUGGUCACACAAAGCUCUGCGCCCAGUGCCUCAACGCAGGGGCUAACCCCAAUGAUGUUUCUUUCUUAAAGGAUGAAAAUCCUGCCGAGGACGAGAUGAGCCACGGCUACAGCCCCAUAUUCAUUGCUGCACUUGCUGAACAGAUUGAAAUCAUGGAUCUGCUAAGCAGUUAUGGUGGUAGUGUGCGUAUUUACGAUCGAUGGGGGCGCACCCCACUUCACGCCGCCGUUGCCAUAAAUAGCCCUGAAGUUGUACAAUGGCUACUGGCGAAAGGAGCACCGCGGUAUUUAGGUGAUUGUUUGAAUUUGAUACCUGCUGAAAGUGCGGAGGAGGAUUAUUUUCCCGAUUUGGCGAUGCCAAACGUGGCCCUGUAUGGCGACCCCUCCCUUCCACCCAUCUCCUACAUGGCACCACUGAUAUCGCCUAAGCGAGCUCCAUCGCAGGAAUUGAGUAAUGAUAAGCAUCAGACUCUCAAUCUCAGCCCCAUUGAAAGUUCGACAGCUGAAGACACGAAGGAAAAUGCCAUUGAGGAGGGUGCAAAGAUAUCAUCCCUUGAGACCGCCGACGAUAACGCAAGCGGUUCAGCCCUACCAACGAGUGAAGUCAAAGCAAAAGAAGCGGACCCUCAGGCAGACGAGAUCAUCGUGAAGUGUCACUGCCAUUCAGGGCGACCAGCUGGGUACUGUGGGUGUGUUGACGAUAUGUACCUGCGUUGGUCGUUUGACCGUCUCAAAACAACUUGGUGCCCUGGAAUUGACUUUGUGAAGCUAGCGAGACAACAGCAGCAGGCCCACACAGCUACUACGGGAAAGGUUCCAGAAUAG